CAGCCAAUUGUUAUCGACGCAUCAGGCCAUUUGUUAGGUCGUCUAGCUUCAACGAUUGCAAAGUGCCUCCUAUCUGGUAAGAUAUUUGUAGUCCUGUCACCUAAGCUUAAACUUAUGUGUCUUUCCACAGCCUUAAAUUUUUACGAUGGUGAAUGAAAUAUUUCUUCAACUUGAGUAUUUUUAAGAGCGAAACGUAAAAGAUUGAAAAGAGAAUAGGUUUAAGCUUAUACAAAUUAAGACUAUUAUGAAUACAGUUUGUCCUUGUGGUUUCUGAGUGGAAGAAAUGAAAUAAUGUUUUGUAUAUCUGUAGGCGUAGUAUUCAUCAUCAUCAUCAUCAUGAUAAAGUCAAAUAAGAUUAAUGUAUUAAGGCCUUGUCUUCACUUUGUUUGAAAAGACGUGCAAUUUUUGAGUGUUAUGCACACUAAAAACAGCAAGAAACAGAGGUUUCAGAAAUUAUGGGUUGAUGAAAAUGAGAGGUUUUUUCAUUUCUUCUAAUCAGGAUGGGCAAGUGAAACCAAUGAUUUUCAAAGCAAUGCUGUCAUUGAUCAUUGCUACUUUGUUUCAUAGCAUGUUUGCAAACUUAAGUGGCAGGAAUAUAGUUGAGAGUGUGGCUGACAAUAUUAGAAAGUACCACAAGGAGUGUUAUACCAUAAACUGCCGCUUAAAAGCCUCCCAGUUGUAGGCCCAUCUAUCUGUAAGAAAAAAAAAUGGCCGAUUAUAAGCCUCCCUCCAGCUUGUAUUAAAAUGAAUGUGAUUUAUUAUGACAUUUUGAAGAUCAGUUUAAAACCUGUAAAUGCGAACUUAUUCUGAUCAGCAUUGCUUUAGCUUGUUUUGAAGUGCUUUUUUUACGUUGAGGUAUAAGCCCCCGUUUGAUAUACCCCUUCAUUGAUAAGCCAUCCUAAAACCCCUUGCAAAGAUGUGUAAGCCCAGGACUUACAUGCUGCAGUUUACGAUAUGUGUGUUUGAUGGUUUAUUGCGGACUGAUAAAGCAGCUAGUAUGGAUGCAGACCUUUCAAGCCUUUUUGUUUCAAAAUGGAACAUUUCAAAGAAUACACCAGUAUGGAUAUCAUGCUCUAAAAUAACUAGAUGAAAUAUCACAGCUUCAAGGGAAUCUUUUAACUUUAAAUAUUCUACAUUACAACUUGUUUUUUAGAUGCAGUUGCUAUAACAGUUAGAUAUUUUUAUUUGACAAAAUCUUUUUUUCCACAGGGCAGAGAAUAAUUCUUGUUCGAUGUGAAAAUGUUAACAUCAGUGGAAGUUUUUACAGAAACAAGUGUAAGUUACUGUGUAGCUGAUGACAGCAUACACAAUUUAUUUUGAAACUUUUUUGGCUAUAAGGCCAAAUUUAAGUAAACAUGCCUUAAAUCAGUGUCAAGGAAAUCCUCCCAUCUGAAUCAGUUGUAUCAUUGUUCUUGAUAUUGUGGUUCCAGAAAAUAUUCAGACCCCCACCACAGAGGGAAUUUCACUUAGGACCACCGUGGAGUUUCCAUUUUUGUAGGGAACUGAUGAUCCCUCCCCUACCCCGCCGGAAUUUCCACAAGUGUGACAAAGACCCCCUAACCCCUCUGGAAAAGUUCAUUUUUAUGAAGAAAGUUUGUUAAAAUAAAAGAACAAGGCCAUUUGUGGUUAGUGCACAACUGUUCCCAUUCAUUAAGUGAUCUCACAACAUUAAAACAUGCUACGCUACCACAGUGUAAUGGUAACCUAAUCUGCAAAAUUUUGCUUAUCCCUUUCUUUAAAUGAAACAGAUAAAGUUAAUUAGUUGUGUCUGUGAAUUUACUAUGAAUCAUGUGCAAGCUUACGAUUUGUUUUUCGUCUUCAUGGUAAUAAUGAUGGAAUUAAUGCUCUCUCGGUGCAUGUGAAUGCAAGUUAAACUUUCAACCACAAAAUUACGCAAAACAAGAAGGAGAAUAAAAACUCUAAAUAAAAUUAUGAAAUGGUUACGAUGGAUACCUCUUGCUUCUUGAAGCCAAACAAAGUUCACUUUACUGUUUUUCAAUUAACUGAAUCAUGUGUCAUCAUGUGCUUAAUGGCUGUAAUGUUUGAUGAAAUGGACGCCAUUUCAGCAUGAAUGCGAUCCUAAAUAUGCCACACUUUUAACCACAAAAUUAAGGGAAAUGAAUAGGAGGAUAAAAACUCUAGAUUCUGAAAUGGCUACAUUGUAUACCUUGUGCUUUGUGAAGCAAAAUUGCCACUAUCUUCUUUCAUGGACUGACGUGACACGAUGUGUAAUGACCAUAUUUUUAAAUGAUGGUGGAAUUUUGUAAUGCCAUUUUAGAGUGAAUGCGAUGGCAAGCAUGUCACACUUUCAAACACAGAACUGUAAUCAGUAUGAUUCCUUUGAAAUCACAUCCAAAUGCUUUUGGAAGAAAGAAAACUUGGUUAACUCAUUGUCUCCGGCGCCUAGGGCCGUCGAUGCGACAACAUCGACUACGAAAAAAAAAUCGCAAAAAAUCGCGUUACUUCCGCUUACCUCCAAAUUUGGCCCACAGGAAGUUAAUAGCUUUAGCCAAUUAUGUGCUUAGUUCCAGCCCCCUGCGAGUUUUGAGCUUCACGCAACGAUUUUUCAAAAAUGUAGAAAAAUGGCGGUGCGUAGUGAGAAGUAUUUGGGAUGUUUUUGCAUAGAAUGAAAGCUUAUAUCGACAAAUUUCAACCAAAUGCAAGUCAAGCAAAUUGUUUUGAAGGAUUUUGGAGGAUAACAAGCAAAACAAACGCGAAAAUCGAGGAAAGAAAACAGUAAGAAUCUUUGCCUUCAAUUCCCCGAGUCGGCAAUAUCUGGCACAAAUUCUCUUCAAACGCAGUGAGUUUCGUCCCGCUGAGCUUUUUGCCUUCAAAGCCUUGCUUAUUUUCAUCACUUAUAUCAGUGAAUUCAUGUUUGCCUGUUUUUAACUCAAUAUUUCGCUGAGAAACUAAAAAAUAAAGCGUCUUUUGAAGGUAAAUAUCGGGCCACAAAGUGACGCUAAAAGUAUCUAGUUUCGCUAUGCUAAUUAGCUCUGACCUCAUUUGCAUAAUCCGACACGGUCACAAAAUAAAUUUGUAGAAAAUUGUUAGUCGCUCUAUAUUUUCUCGAUCGAUAUUCAGACUGUUUUGCUUAGAUAUUGAAGAAAAAAAAUUGUUUGUACUGUAUUACACAAAACAGACAACUUUCCUGGGAAAAUGACACUCGUAAAAAUUUUUUAAAAUAAUUAUGCAGAAAUAUGCUUGUUUAUAAUUUUUUUUGCAGAAUAUUAUGGGUUUCCUGAGACCGAAAUAUUUUUUUUCUGAAAGUUUAAUUUUUGCCCUUUACAAUGAGGUAUAGCUUUAUAAGGAACUGGAAAUAACAGCAGAGAUAUGAAUUUUUAAAGUUGCGUGGUCAAAACUACUUAAAACGCUCCGGAGACAAUGUGUUAAGGUAAAAAAGAACAAUCAGAUGAUAUAGUUUUAAAAAGUUAUUUAUGUCUUAAGAAUGAUAUACCAGGUUGGUAAGAAGCAAUGUUUGAAGUAAGGUCCAAAAUGAAUUGAUAUUAACCUUGUGGAAAGUGAUUUAAUUGUCCAAACCCCCACCUGGAAUUUCCAUUUCCCUUCAUGGUGGGGGUCUGGAUAUUUUCUGGAACCACACAUUACUUGCUCAGCUGUGUAACUUCAGCAGUUGGAAGUAUUUCCAUAGUAGAGCAUCAACUAGUCUAAUUUGAAUAUAGGAGUUGGCCUAAGCAGUGUUCUGGAGCUACAGCAAUAUAAAAUAUCCAAAAGAAACUCAUUUCAGUGCAAGAGAGCUGGCUACUUAACAUUACUGGGCAGAUCUUAAAGUAUUCUGCCUUUCACUGCAAAAGUCACAAGCAGGGAUCCAUAUUCGCAGUCGUCCGGUCAUCCUAGACAACUACAGUCUCACCCGGACAAUUAAGUUAACUUCAAAAGACAUCCUUUGGAUGAGUGAGGUUUUGCUCAACCACUAAAUUUUUCAAAAAUUCUUGUAUGAUUUUAUCAUGUUUUUUUUACUUGUGUAAUGAUUACGUCUUGUCCACUUACGGAGAAUAACACACAACCUUGUUUUUGUGUCCUUGUUUUUUGGAGGGCUGCUCUUUACUUCGUUUAGAAUCAGUCAAGUUUCACGAGACCUCGGCAAAUCACCGAAAUAAAGCGCAAAUCAGAAAUGUUCAAGUUGCACACAGUUUUGUCUCUAUUCUUUUUACAAUUCUGCACUUUUGUCUGGGCAACCCAAAUUGUUUCCAGGCAAGUAUACCAUCAGGCUUACUUGCCUGGCUGAUGACUCUGAUAAAAAAGUGAGUCUGGAUCCGUGGUCACAAGGCUUACAAGAUUUUGUUUUGGUGGAAGAUUUUAACUUAUUUUCAUGUCAAUAAUUAAAAAUAGGACUAGGGAUCUCUUUUGUUUAGAAUUUUUAAUUUUCUUUAUUUUUGGUUAUCACAAUUGUUUCUUUAUAGUAAAGUACCUUGAUUUUCUGAGGAAGCGAACUAACACCAAGCCCAGCCGUGGACCCUUCCAUUUCCGUGCACCAAGUAGAAUUGUUUGGAGGACAAUCAGAGGUAAAAGUUUCAUUUUUGUUUGGAGCUUAUGAUAAACAGCUGUUCUUUUGCUUAUCAUACAUCCUUGCACAGUAAUCAUCAUUGUUGUUUUCUCAACCUACAUGUCACAGAGUGCAAACUUUUAGCAUAUUCUCUCUGUUGCUGAUUGAGCUUUCUUUUGGGACAUUAAUUUGGUUGAUGUAGCAGUAUCCUCUUGGAUGACUCAACUUGUGAUUCAGUACACUGAAGAUGUAGUAAUAUUUUACAAAAUUAUGCAAAUGCUAUUAUAAACACAUAAUAAACAUAUUGGUAAAUUUUUAAGUCUGUGAAUAUAUCAGGAUGACGUCUUUUUAGUUGGUGUAACAGUUAACUCAGAACAAAAUGACAUCUUGGCUCUUUCAGCUGGAGUCAAACCUAUGAUCUUCUAGUCACUACAAGUCCAGAUACUCUGCCAUUGAGACUUAUGAGGUCUAAGGCCAGUAAACUAGGUUCUUGUUUCAAACAUCUGCUAUACUGCAAGGUCUGGAAUGUUGAUAGAAGACAUAUUUUUGGCUUAUCAGAAACAGAGAAUUUAAAUUCCUCUGGAAGUAUUUUGAUUAGAGCAAGUGCCCCUGUGAUUUUGUUACAAAUAGUUAUGGUAAGUCCUGGGACUCAUCUUGUGAAAAAUUGUGAGUCCCAGUUUAAAAAAAACGACCUCGCAAUUGAAAAUUCUUGGGCCUCUAUGUAACCAGACAGUUAAUCUGAAGACAGACUCCAAGACUCUCUAUUACAGUAGACUGAAAUUAAAAUAUAGUCCUUCCAUGUUAAAGCACAACAAAGGGUAAAAGAAAUAUGCAUAGUUAAAUGACAACCAUAAUAACUGCCACAGAAUUACACAAACGGGAUAUUUCUUCAAAUAUACAUGUUCAGAUGGAUUGAUUGAUCUUUGCGUCCUACGGAUGCAUGCCAUGAAUUACAUGUACUUUGCAUCUUUGGGGCUUUUUAUGCAUCAGGGGUGCAUUAUGUAGCCUCCCACACAGGUGUUUUUAAGGGAGCUAGCUUUUCAUCCCUCCCCACAAACGCCUGCUCAACCGAAAACAAUAUUCUUUCCCAUUGUUUUAUUUGCAUGGUAAGUGACCAAUCAACAGUUGUGCAAUAAAGUGUUGACAGGCUAAACGCAACUAAAAUGUGACCCUACAAUUACCGUUUCCUUCUUUUCUUCCCUUCACAAAGGUUAUGCAGUGCAUGGAGUGUGCUAAAAUUUGACUAAAUCUUAUUUUUGCCACUCUGAAUCUAACAUUAAUUUUAUUAAAGGUCAGAAAGCUUUCCCAGUGUGUCUUGCAGAUCUAGUAAUUAUCAGAUUACCUUGCGGUCAAGGUCAACUUUCCAGAAUUUGGAAAGUACAAUGUGAUUGACUAAGCAUUGGAAAGGAAUGUUGUCUUCGGUUGAGCAGGCGCUUGUGGGGAGGGAUGAAAAAUGAGCUCCCCUAUAAAUGCAUGCUUAGGAGGCUAUGCAUUAUGCAGAGGUAGCAAAAUUACUAGUGCCCAUGGACUCUCUAGUUCUUCCAGUAAAUAUUUGUAGCUGCCUGGGUUUCUGAGGAUACAUACAGUCAUGUAUCUAUUCUUGUGUUAGUAGAUCACUCAAGUGUUGUUUACCUGUACCUUUAGGCAUGAUUCCACACAAGACGAAGAGAGGGGCCGAGGCAAUGAAUCGUCUUAAAGUUUUUGAUGGUGUUCCUCAUCCCUACGACAAAGUGAGUUAUAUAUUGGCUGAUACCAGUUAUUCAUACCAGCUCCUCAGCUGAAAUUUUUUAGUCUUUCCAGAAUCAACCUCUUUGUAGGUGACAGAAAAAAAGUACACUUUGAUAAUUUGAAUAAGUUAACGCUAUUUCUGCAAGUGUUAGAACCAGAUGAAAUUAUCUUUUGUUCAACAAUGACAAUGAUAGUUUAUUUUUCAUUUUUCUUUGUUCAGGAAAAGAGAAUGGUUGUACCAGCAGCCCUGCGAGUUGUCCGUUUAAAGCCAGGAAGGAAGGUAAAAGCUGAUCAAUUGAGCUAUCAUGACAUAAUAUUUUUAUUUUAAACUUGAUCAAAACUGUUUUUGUUACCAUUAAUGCAAUAAAGGGACUUAAAACGAUAUUUAAUUUUAUGUAAUACUCCACAUGUAUUAAAAAAAGGAGACAUGAACUUUUUAUUUUCUGGUAAAUCGUCAUUCAGGCCCUUUUCCAAUGAGCCCUUUAUUUCCUUCAUACAUGUUUCCCUGUUCAUCCUGUUAAUGUUAUGUUGUGUUCUUGAUACUUACAUGCUUAAUUUCCUGCUUCCUGUCACUAUCACAUGGCAAUAAUAUUAUGAAGUACUGGUAAUUGGAAAGACACCAAAAUAAGCGAAUUCUUCCAGAUUAGAUAACAUUUUUCUCUCUUGGUCACAAAGCUAAUUUUGCUUCUGUGACAUUUUGUUUCUUGUGAAGUGAAAGUGUGUAAUGUGUAAUGAUUAUUACAGUUGAAUGUCUGCUAAUGGCCACAUCUGCUCAAAGGCCAGAAAACAUUGUCCCAGUCACCAUCUCGUGUACAGAUACUACAUGUAACAGAACCACUUACAUGUGAUUGAUUGUUUGUUUUAUUCUAGUACUGUGUCCUAAGCAGACUGUCACAUGAAUGUGGAUGGAAGUACAAGGUGAGUUAUUACUCUGUAUGGAAGACUCGAGAUUGAAAUUAAAACUCGGCAAGCUAUCAUGGCAGAAGACUGACACAUCUCAUUGUAAAAUUUGUCCAGGAGCUAAAAGGAAAUCCUGGUUGUUUACCAUUAACAAAAACAUUUCUGGGAGCAACGGAACAUCUGAAAGGUAGUCCUGUUUUUCUGGAUGGAGUGUUCCAAACAAAAACUGUGAACCAACUGGUUUGCCCAUGUAAAUGGUAAACAACCCCUGUUUAAAAACCACUCUUGUUAAGCGUUAACAGUUGUUAAAGAUUAUGUUCAUUUGCUUACAUCUGGGCAUUUUGCGUGGAAAAUGCAGUUAGUGUUCCAGUAAGCCAACACACUUGGGAAACAGAAUAGGAAACUACACGAGUGUUUCACGAGUGUUUUUCUCGUGGAAUUUGCAUGCAAUAUGGCGGAUUUCCACGCAUGAAACACGCGUGUAAUGCUGCCCGUGGCCUGUACUGUACAUUACCAGUGCCACCAUGAUUAUUUGUUUUGUUGUCUUGAACAAUACCUAAUCAGUACUAGUACAUACUGAUCUUAGCAAACUGCUAUAUAGUACAAGGAAUGACCAUUAUUGUAUUGGCUUAGGAACAAACAAAAAUCAUAACUGUUUCUUUGAAAAGUGUCUCUCAUCCACUUACGAGAAUUGGCACCUGUAGGAAUAUGGAAAUAUAGAAUUGAAAUGGGAAAUCAACGAGGAUUUUAUCAAUAUGAGAGCCUUUACUGUAGGACUAAUUUGGAGUCCUGAAAAGUCGAAUGAAAUCCUUAUGCUUUUGGUUUAUGAUAUUUUCACCUCUGGAAUUUGUUCUGAUUUAGGAUGUGGUUGAGACUCUGGAGGAGAAACGCAAAGCUAAAGCUGCUGUUUAUUAUGAACAUAAGAAGAAACUCCAGGUGAGAACAAGUUAGGCAAGUUAGUGACUCCAGGAUCUUUUUGGUGGAAGGCAUGUCAGGGUUGAAAAUAUGAACUGUGAACUCCCUUUCUUGAGACUUGCAUUGUAAGUUCUAUCAUAGUUAAUUGAGUGGAAUGGUUAUGAAAUCCGUCAGACUCCUUUGUUAUAUGUUUUUGUGGACCUGAAAGUGCACAACGUUCAAAAGAAUUCCUAUCAGUUUGAUUGUAUUGACCAAUAAAAACGUUGCAUUAAUUUAUUCCGUAACAAUUUGCCAACAGAAAACAAAGGAUUGUGCACUUUCAGGGUGCUUCCAACAUAAACUGCAGCACUGUUGUUUUUAUCUUUGAUAUUUGCCGCUUUUCAUAACCAGUCUCCUCUAAUAACUAUGGUUCUAUUCAGUGCCUAACUGCUGUUCUGUGUAUUUAUUUUUUUUGUUUGUCUGUUUAGAAACUGAAACAGAAGGCAGAGCAAGACAAGGCCGAAGAGCUCAAGUCUGUCAAUGACGUGUUGGAAGGAUACGGUUACUAA